AUGGAUCUUUACGAUGAUCGUUGGAAAGACUUGUGGACCAAAGUUUUGUCCGCAUAUGAAGAGGAAGCUGGGCAUCCGCCGCCUGAGCAAUUGGACGAUCCAGAGUUGGAAGCUUUGCAGGGCUUGUUGCAUGCGGAAUUAGGCGGGCCAUUCACCAAGAAGUUCAAGCGUGCCCAGCCUAAAGCAAAAACGAAACGCACCUUGGAGGCUGUAAAAACAAAACUUCAAACUGAGACAAUGCGUUUCUGGUCCGAGGCCGAUGCAGAGGAUGCACUCCAAGAAGCAGAGUUGAUGGAACGUGGUGGCGACUGGCACGGAGCACGUGAGGCAUAUGCUAAAGCAAUGGUACUAAGUCCCGUGCGCCUGCUGGACACAUCCCUUCGAUUUGCUCAAUUGUUGCACGUCAUGGCAACUUCAGCUGAUGGAGAGCCGGAUGCAUGUGAGCAAGUUCUCCGACACGCGAUUUCAGGGGAUCCGGGUGCUAAUCCUGCUCAGCGACCCGUAUUAGCACGACUGGCCCUUCUCCUCCUCCAAGGUGGAAGGGAAGAGGAAGCUAUUCCGUUGUUGCAAUCUGCUGGAUACAAGUAUCGAUUGGCCUCUUGGGUUUGGCGAUACCCUGAGUUUAAAAUUCCAACCAGCGCAGCAGGAUUCCCAGGCUGUGUGUUCGAUGAUGCAUUGCCACCUAGUCAUCUGUACCACUUGCAGGAAUGGCUGGCGCCCGAGUCCAAAUUUUGGUCUGAGCACGGAUACAAUGAAGUUUGCGGCAGUGGUGAGAACGGCUAUUUUAGCUAUGUACAAGAUGUGGUCGGGCCAGAGCGAAACACACUGGAUGCAGUUAUCCGUCAUAUCUGGGAGUUUCUCAAGAAGGGAGACUAUUUCCCGGAUCUUGCCAAUGCUACGGUGGCGGAGUGGUGGGCACACAAGCGUCCUCACGCUUGCGGCCACCAAAUGCAUUAUGACAGUGACAAUGAGGGAAUUGGUGGGGUGCGCAACCCCAUUUGCAGCUGUGUGCUGUACGUAGUGGCACCGCCCGGAGUGGGUGGACCAACCCUUGUCACAGACCAGGCGCUGACCAAGGAUUCUUUAGGGAGCCAGGGAUGGUUUGUGUACCCAAGUGAGGGUCGUCUGGCAGCCUACGAUGGCACUUAUUUCCACGGAGUGAUUCCAGGUUGCGGUGUUGCUCCCAGUUCCAGCGACCAGCUGCGAAGGAUCACUUUCAUGGUCGCUUUCUGGCGCAAGAUUCAAGUGCGGCCUUUUGGCUCAGACGGGUUGGCAGGCAGCAGCCGUCCGGUACCUGACCCAGCGGAGGUUCUGAAGAUCGGGCAGCGCGAGUAUACUUGGCAUCAGGCAUUGUCUCUGCCUCUGAAAACUCCGCAUGAACAGCCAGACGAGUCAACACCUAGACAAGUUCCUUUGCCUGGCAAAGCGCCAGUCUGGGUUACGCUGGAAGGUGAUGCAGUGCCAGACGCGGUCCGCAAGACGAAAUACUCCAAGAAAGGUCGUCCACCUGCAGCGAUCCGACGAAAGGCGGCCAAGAUGCUGCGUGCAUCAUUUGACCGAUUUCGGGAGAUGGGAGCUAGCCCCAACGGCGCAGCUGCCAACGCUCUUCGGGAGCUUGCUGGCCUAGCUCCAAGACCAAGUGCCAGAACAUCCGAGGACAAUCUGCCGUCGCUGAAGCCGCCUGCUUCCUGGAUGGUGACGGCUUCGGAUUGCGAUAGCAUGGAGGCUGACAUUGCGCCCACGCUUCCUGACGAGGACACAAUGUCGGAUCAUGGUGUCCUGGAGGAGGAGGUUGCGGAAGCAAAGUUGGAGGUUGGCGCGGUCACGGCCAGAACCGGAGCCAAGCCAGGCAAAGCCAAAGCAGUUGACGGCAAGAGACAGACAUCCAGGAGGAAAGCGGAGAAGGCCAUGCAGCUUCUUGCGGGCUGUUGCGAGUCCACCCGGAAGCGCAUGCCUCCGUUGGAGACUUGGAGAAACGAGGCUCCCAGCAACAAGUCAGGGCAGAACCCAAAAGAAGACAGUGGCUUGGACAAGCAGCACAAGGAGCCUCGACAAAGCAAGGCUGGAGCUUCGAAGAUGGCCAAAGCCAAGGCCAAGGCCAAAGCCAAGGGAAGUUCCCGGACCAAAGCUGGCAGCCCGAAGCUUUGGGAGGAGGAUGCCAGCCCAUCACCCAGAGCAAAGAGGGCCCCAAGGAAGGAUGCAAGAGAGGCAAGGGCCAACGAGACCCCCAACAGGCAGAAGCCCUGGACUAGAGAGGAGGAAGCUCCUUUCGCAGCUGACCGGGAGCCAAGCCCCGCUCGAGGCAAGGGCCUGCUUGGUGCCUUGGAGGCGGGUCGGAUGAGGAGCCUGGCGCGCCCUCUCUCAGCCUUCGCCGAUGCUCCUUCGCUCAACGGAUUCAAGGGAAAGCCCUCCUUGGCCCGCCUUGCCGCAGAGGCGGCUGCUGCAGUCGGUAAUGGCCCCAAGCCAGAAGCCAAGGCCCGAGCGUCCACCAGGAGGGGCGUGAGCAAGCGUGCUGUUGGAUGA